UCCAUUCCUCUGGACGGGGAGGCGGGGAAGAACUAUUAGUCGCCGCUCUCGUUGCGCCGCCACUAGUCUCGGAGUCCCCGCAGCAGGAGGAGCAGCGUCUUGGCGGAGGUAGGAGGCGGCACACGGCUGCAGCUGCCGCCCUCGAUUACGCGCGGCUUGCCUGCCUUUUCAAGGGAGAGCUAGCAUUUUGGAUCAAAGCAAGCAAAGCUCCAACUUUCAAAAUGACCUCCAAGAGAGCUCUGGUGAUCUUGGCCAAAGGAGCUGAAGAGAUGGAAACAGUCAUCCCCACGGACAUCAUGAGGAGGGCAGGUAUCUCUGUGACUGUAGCUGGCCUGACUGGAAAAGAGCCUGUGCAGUGUAGCCGGGAUGUCGUUAUUUGUCCUGAUAAGAGUUUGGAAGAUGCCCGAAAGGAGGGGCCCUAUGAUGUGGUGGUCUUGCCAGGAGGGAAUCUAGGAGCGCAAAACUUGUCAGAGUCGCAUGUUGUGAAGGAUGUACUGAAAGACCAAGACGGCAGGAAAGGGCUGAUUGCUGCCAUCUGUGCAGGACCUACAGCUCUGCUGGCCCAUGGAAUAGGAUUUGGAAGCAAGGUGACCACACACCCCUUGGCCAAAGACAAGAUGAUGAGUGGAGAUCACUAUAAAUACUCUGAGAAUCGUGUGGAAAAAGAUGGGCACAUCCUGACCAGCCGAGGGCCGGGCACCAGCUUUGAGUUCGCCCUUGCCAUUGUGGAGAUGUUGCUCGGGAAGGAGGUGGCUGCCCAGGUGAAAGCCCCCCUCGUCCUGAAGGACUAGGGCAGGGCCUGCUGAGAAAGAAGAAAUCCUGGCGUUAGUCCCUCCUUUCCCUUUUUAGGAAUAGCGGUGUGUGCGCACACGCUAAGUGUGAGGCAGUCUGCUAAAGUGCAGCAGCAGGGUGAACAGUUGCACUCACACCCAGAAACUGCCCCACGUUUCUCAAUGUCAGGAGCGUUGUCCUUGGAGCCCCUUAGCAGCUUGGAGCGGAGGGGAGAGGCAACUGCAACACCCAGCCAUCUCAGUCCCAUCUGCGCUUUCUGAGACUUGUUUGCCUUCAAUAAAAGAGGAACUCUGUUGAA